UAUAUAAUCAUUGGUUGGAUUGUGGAGUAGCUAUUACCGAGUGUCGCAUCCUUCACGAGCGGAUCGUUUAACCAUUGCAAAACACACCAUGAACUUCAAGCUGAUCUUUCUCGUCGCGCUGGUGCUGAUGGCUGUCUGCCUGGGCCAGAGUGAGGGACGCCGUUUCAAGAAGUUCCUGAAGAAGGUGCAAGGUGCCGGUCGGCGUGUUGCCAACGCAGCACAGAAGGGUCUACCGUUGGCGGCGGGCGUAAAGGGUAUUCUUGGGUAAGGCGGGGGGCCUGCAAACUGCCGGACAUUGCAACAGCUCGACAGAUGAUCACGAACGCAAACAGUCUGGACACACGUCAACGAACUGGGGUGUAGUGCGUACACUACACCACAAUCACAGCAACCCGCGGCAACCCGAAAUGGUUUCAAUAAAAUCCCAGUCUCGGGCCACUUCCUUAAUCCGUAAGUGAGCAGAACAAAACCGGUGGGUUAACAGUCUUUGCUUGCCUUUGUUAGCUAUCGAGACAAUCAAUUUGAUUGACUCUGAUGGUGUGGUCCUAUUUGGAGGCUGAUAGUGACCCAAGAUGAACCUUCCGGAGCGUGUUUGCUGCUGCAGCGAAAGUGUUGAUUUCGCAAUUUUUCACACUUUUCCUCUCAAUCACUUUCAUAUUCAGUAGCAAACAACAACAAACUGGAAUUUGGGGAAGAUUUGUCCAAACAAACAAACAAGAUGGCGUCCUCUAUCAUGAUCCGUUCUAUGGUAUAACAAAGAAUUUUGGAACCGCACUUAGCGGUUCUGAGAUGCAGAAAUGAGAUUAAAAAUGUUCUUCCCAUCAGGAAACCGGUUUCAUUCGUUUUUGCGUACCGUUACACUUCGCGCAAUUUCGCAAAGCCGCGAGCUCCGCGUUCACCUCCAAGCAAAACCUGUCUUGCCAGAAAUUCGUUCUCCUCUUCCUCUUCCGCGAUGUCCGGUCGCGCGAAAUCUUCCGGUUUAGAGAGGGAAAAAACAGCAUUCGUGUGAUCGCUACACAAGACGCUUCCCAUCAAUAAUCUUGCCGUUUGAGAUCAGACGUCAAACAAUGGGCAUGGAACCCCGCCGAACCCCAACACCUCCUCCGAUAGACUGCCGGGACAGCAAAACGGGUUCCGCGCCUGUGUGUGAUUUGCAUCACUGCAGGUGUGGAUUACUCACGAUAUUCACAGAUGUAGCUGUUUGUGUGAGUGUGUGUGUCGAUCAUCACCUACGCAACGAAUGAUGGCGACGGGGGCGGGCGGGCGGUAGCGACGACGAGCUGUAACUCUCGACGUCCGCAAGGUAAUGAGGCCUGUCCAGUUCCAGGCUGUACUUCCAGCCAUCUUCAUCAUUUCGGCCUUUGGGAUACCGUUCGUCGCGUCGUGGAAGUCAUUCGUGUUCCGGUGCUUCGAGAAGGUGGUUGUGCUGUGUCUUUCCUGUUUGUUGUUUUGUUGUGUUUAUAAAACCCGGAUUAGAAAGUUAAUUUGGUUGCGAGCGAGCUACACGAUAGUUUAAGUUUCUCGCCUAGUGUACGCUGUGAAUAUUCACGCUCCAAUAAAAACAAAACGUGAAGGACAACUUCAAGACUUUCAGUAUAACCUGCGCAGUGCAUUAGAACUGAGUCGAUUUUUGACGGAAUGGCUUCACAACUGGUGUGGUUAUGUGUCGGGGCUCUACUGUGCUGUUUAGCGAACGUUGCCCACACAACACCGAUCGAGACGGUGACGGUACACAACUCCCUUCCGGUACCGUUGGCGACGGACGCUCCGUCCACGCUGGACGCAAUCCUUCCGACCAAGGGUACCGAGGUGACGAGCUCUACCGAAACGAGCAAGAUGUCCCGGUUUCUGGAUGAUUUCACGUCCGCCUUCAAGCAGGGUACGGCCAAGAUGAAGGAGAGCUUAGAAAAUGCGGCCAGCUCGGUAAAGGACGGAGUCCUGCAGGGGUACGACUACGUACGUAGCAAGCUGACCGGUACCGGUACGGAGCUAACCACCCCCGGUACGCCCUCGGUCGACGACGAGACGCACCCAAACAACGGCGGUGCUACAUCGACGGCGGCAGCACUCACCUCGGUCACACCAUCAACCGAACGUCCUGCAAUCAGUGCCGCAACAAGCGGCUUGUCCCUCGCCGACACCAACGAUGGCCUAACCGUGCACGGUGGCGUGGUCGGUGUGUCUAACGAACCGGCGCGCAUCGUACCGAACGACGACGAUGACGACGAGCGGAUCUUCUUCAACGAUAAGGACUACACCGCGGUGAAACCGCUCGACGGCAGUGAGGACGAACGGGACGUGACGGAGUCACCGGUCACGACGACGGUCGCGGUGGACAACCGAUUCAUCAUCGCCGGUCCGCUAGCGUGCAAAAGCGGCCAGGAGGUGGUAAACGGGAAGUGUCGAAAUGUGUUCUGAGCAUCUCGCCCAUCACGUCCAUCUAUCCAUAAAACCCCCUUUCCAACCCACGCGCCCUUCCCACGUUCCCAAAAUCACGAAGUUGGACGAAAGGCGAUCACACCGUUCUGCUCGGUGUGGUUUUCCGGCCACCAUAUACUUGCCCCCCUCCCCCUCACCCCCACGGAGCGCCAUUUCGUUAGGAAGUGUGAUUUUUUAAUUUAAUUCUAUUACCGUUAAUACCGGUCGCCCGCAUUUUUGCCACACGACAACUCGCACCGUAUGAGCGGUGUAUGAGCUCAUGCCCUCACCAACACUCACACACAUACAUAGACAUAUACACAGAUAUCAAAACUAGCAGAAACUUAUGAUGAAUCUCGGUACGCAAAAGGCGCGAAGUAGAUUGGUAAGGGCGUGUUACAAUCCAGGCAAAAAACGUACCGGGAGCGCGCGAGUUUGUGAGUCAGAAGAAGCGAGAAGAAACGAAAAUAAAUUUGAUUUGAUUAGCAAAACGGAACAAUUGGUGUGGAUAAAUGGUGCUGGUCAGUUGAUACGUCAGAUGGUCUGACAGAAGCGAGAACGAGAAUAGGUGGGGGAGAACGAGAUGGAGUGAGAGAGAGAGAGAGAGAGAGAGAGAAAGAUCAAAAGCAAAUGAAGCUUGUCGGGGGGUAAGCAUGUGCGAAUUAUUUGCGAGCUCAGCUAGAAGUCACUAAAGUAACUCAUUUCCGGAUGCUUCGACGACAGCUGACAUUGUGAAGGAGGGCGUAUACUAAUGGAGCUGUUAAAUGCGACAUUUAUCAUAUCGUCCAGUCGUGUUCAGUCUCAGGUCGAUAGAUGAUCGUGCCUUUCGCACUGAUUAAAAGCUAUUGAAUGUCACGUUUUCUAUUGAAACCCCAACAAAAAACUGGAAGCUGCAAUUGCAACGUGUGCGGGGAUAAUAGUGCUUGUCGAAGUCACAUAAAACGAGUUCCCUGCUUGUUACCUCUGCUAGCCGAUUAUCGCUUUCUCGGUGUACCUGCAGUCUCCGGGAUCUCCGGGUUAAUUAGGCGACUUUUAAUACAAUUUUAACGAUUCGAACGUCCCAUUUCCAGCUGGUUCGGUAUCUGUCGCCCGAUAGUAAUGAGUCCGGGUAGUUUGAUGGUCACCAUUGGUUGCUUGGUAAUGACCCUGGUCGGCUCAACAGCGAACAAAUGCAUUCGAUUUGUUGUGUCGCAGUAACGCGCGGUGGGUAGCCAAACCGUACGUCAUACGCCAUAGCGUAUGCGAACGUAUAAGAAUGCUCAUAGGCAUGGAUGAUCCGCCACCGUGCCGCCUAUUACGGCGUCCACUAGCAAAACAGCAUCCUUCGCCGCUGUCAUUCAUCCAAUCAAUGUUGAUUUAAUAAAUAAAACCUACGCCCGCCCGCCGCACUGUUUUGCUGGUAGCGACGCAGUUUAAGACGUUCGGUCCCCCACCCCGCCCGAUUAUAUGAAUUCGAACGGUGGUCUACCCGAGGCACAGUGUGCCACACGGCCGCAACAGUAUUCAUCGUGGGUUCGACGCCACAGCUAGCUAGGUUUUGUUCUGCGUGCGAGGUAAUUAGCGCGUCUCGAGCUCCCGGCCUCGAAAGCAAAGGUCUUGCCAAACCGAGCGUUACACCGUGUUUCCGUUUUGUUUUUAGGGGGUUCUGUAUUUUUUUUUUCGUGUGUCUUAUUGUUUUGUUUUGUCGUAUUGGAAGAAACCGUCGUCUUGCCAAGGUCCUUAAGUUCUGAACGUUUUUCUGAAGACGCUAGCCUGAAGAUCGUUUGUGGUUGGUGAAGAUUGCAGUCUUGUUACUUCCUAUCAUAUCUCUACCGGUGAAUAUGGGCUCCAAGUUGAUCCAGGCUGUUGGUGUGUUGCUGGUUAUUGCUGCGCUGGUAACGGCCAAAUCUGUUCCGGAGCAACGUUCCCAUCUCGAUCUGGCCGAGGUGGACUCCAGCGAGGAGCAACCGUGUACGAUCGAUCGCGUAAAGGGGUUUUUCGGUGAUCUAUCGACGAAGGUCAAGGAAGGUGUACAGGAAGGUGUGGUGAAGGUGAAGGAUGGCGUCAAGAAGGGCACAACCAAGGCGAAGGAGUAUGCUACGAAUGUGCGCGACUAUUUGCGCGAUAAGUUUAGCAGCGAGUCGAAGGAGGUGCAAGUAACGACCACCACCACCACCGCGAAAGCAAUUGCUGGAUUCUGAUGAUUUUUUGGAUAAUACGUUCCGCGCACGCACAAAUCGGGUGCACUGAGUGCACGAGGACUCUCACCCAAUGUUUUUGGUCAAUGAAUAAAGGCAAUGUUACAUCGUAAAAACUAAA